AUGAGGUGCAAGACUCACUCGUCACCAAACUGCGUCAUAAUUCGUUCGGACCCAACUGACAAGCUCAUCGUCCAAAAGACAAAGCCUAAGCAGGAAUCAAUCGUUCAAGUUAGCAUUGACGAACUCAGGCCAGAGCGUCAAGUUGGAAUUGGUGCCGAGCUCGACCCAAUCAUCCGUGAACCACUCAUUCGUUUCCUGAAACAGCAUACAUCAACCUUCGCUUGGUCGGUAGAAGACAUGCCCGGGAUUGACCCGCAGAUCGCGUGCCACGAGCUCAAUAUCGAUCCGACAUACAAGCCUAUCAAACAGAAACGCCGAAAGCUCGGGCCAGAGAAAGCGCAAGCCAUGAAUGACGAGGUCGAGCGCUUACUCAAAGCUGGAUCUAUCACCGAAGUUAAGUAUCCAGAUUGGUUGGCAAACCCUGUGGUCGUGAAAAAGAAGAAUGGUAAAUGGAGAAUUUGCGUCGACUUCACCGACCUCAAUAAAGCGUGUCCGAAAGAUAGCUUUCCAUUACCUCAUAUCGAUCGCCUUGUGGAAGCGACUGCCGGAAACGAACUACUCUCAUUCAUGGAUGCGUUCUCUGGAUACAAUCAGAUUCUCAUGCAUCCGCAGGACCGAGAGAAGACAUCCUUCAUCACGGACCGUGGCAUAUAUUGCUACAAGGUCAUGCCAUUCGGCCUGAAGAAUGCUGGAGCAACGUACCAACGACUGGUAAACCGGAUGUUCGCGAGCCAGCUCGGACGAACUAUGGAAGUCUACAUCGACGAUAUGCUCGUAAAGUCACUCAUCGCUUCCGAGCACGUCGGCCAUCUUCGCACAUGCUUUGAUAUCUUGAACCAAUAUGGUAUGAAGCUUAACCCAACUAAGUGUACGUUCGGCGUAACAUCUGGAGAAUUCCUCGGAUAUAUCGUCACACGGCGAGGCAUCGAAGCUAAUCCAAAGCAGAUCGCCGCUAUUCUCGAUCUCCCCUCGCCGACAACCAGACGCGAAGUUCAGCGACUUACUGGACGUAUUGCAGCGCUUAACAGAUUCAUAUCUAGAUCAACGGACAAGUGCUUGCCCUUUUACCAACUUCUCCGUGGUAACAAGCACCUCGAAUGGAACGAGAAGUGUGAAGAAGCCUUCGCCGAGCUAAAGGAAUAUCUGUCCACUCCGCCAGUCCUGUCCAAACCAGAAACCGUUAGCAGCGUUCUUGUUCGAGAAGAUCGCGGCGAACAAAAACCAAUUUUCUACACAAGCAAGUCCCUCGACGGAUCGGAGUAUCGUUAUCCGACUUUGGAGAAGUUCGCCUUCGCCGUGGUUAUUUCUGCACGGAAACUGCGCCCGUACUUCCAGUCUCAUGCAAUCGUGGUCUUGACCGAUCACCCUCUUCGCACUUUCCUUCACAGCCCAAGUCAGUCCGGACGACUCGCUAAGUGGGCUAUCGAACUUAGUGAAUAUGACAUCGAAUAUCGGAACAGAACGGCAACGAAGUCUCAGGUCCUAGCAGACUUCUUGGUCGAACUCCCACCAGAGCUCGUCGAAGACAAUCCGGUCGUACAACCUUGGAUUCUUCACGCCGACGGUUCAUCAUCCCAUAAAGGAUCCGGAGUUGGAAUACGUCUCAAGUCACCCGAAGGAGAAGUAAUCGAGCAGUCAUUUCGGCUCGGCUUCCCAGCAUCCAACAACGAAGCCGAGUACGAAGCAUUGAUUGCCGGACUACGACUCGCUAAAAGUAUCGGCGCCGAGCAUGUACACGCCUAUUGCGAUUCUCAACUCGUAGCCAACCAGUUUCACGGCGAAUACGAGGCCAAGAACAACCGCAUGGACGCAUAUCUCAAACGACCAAGUAUCGAGCACGAUCCGAACUGCAAUAUCAUUACAAGACGGCGUGACUACGAAGCCCAGCCAAACCGUGCUCCACCCCUCACCCGAAAGACGAAACCUAAAGAGGUCAUCCCCGAUCGCGAAAAUGAUACAGACGAGCUUAACGAUAACGAGCCCGAAUCCGAGGACGAGUCCGAAGGCCAGCACGUCCCCAUCAAUAUCGAAGCCGGAGAAGAGGACGAACCCGAGGAUUGGUCCCUGGAAAUCGUGGGAUACAUAGGAGAUGGAACGGUUCCCGCAGAUAAAUGGGCAGCUCGACGCCUUAAGGCUCGCGCAGCCCGGUAUGUGGUCAUUAAAGGUACUCUUCUCAGACGGGACGCUUCUGGUGUACUUUUGACUUGUGUUCACGGCAACGACAUCGCGGAAGUAAUGCAAAAGAUUCACGAAGGAGAAAGAGGAAAUCAUUCCGGAGCUCGGUCCUUGGCAUUUAAGAUCAAGAAAGCCGGCUAUUACUGGCCUACUAUGCUCUCUGAUUGCGAGAAGUACACGGCACGUUGCGAGAAGUGCCAACGUCAUGGUCCGAUGAUAAAUCUUCCUACCAAGCUCCUGAUGACCUCGACUGCACCAUAUCCUUUCAUGCGCUGGGCAAUGGACAUCAUCGGUCCUUUCCGCCGAUCUACAACCCAGAAGCAGUACGUCCUCGUCGUCACAGAUUACUUCACUAAAUGGGUCGAAGCCGAAGCAUACCCCGAGAUCCAUGGAAUCGACGUCAAGAAGUUCGUCUGGAAAUUCAUCAUCUGUCGACACGGAGUUCCGUACGAGAUCAUUACGGAUAAUGGAACCCAGUUCACUUCGAUAAUUUUCCAAGAUUUUUGCGCCAAGUGGAAAAUCCGACUAAGUUUCUCUACCCCGCGUUAUCCGCAAGGCAACGGACAAGCCGAAGCCACGAACAAGACCAUCAUUGACGGACUGAAGAAACGACUCGAUAUCGCUAAGGGAACGUGGGCAGACGAACUCGACGGCGUCCUGUGGUCUCAUCGAACCACACCGCGACGUUCAACCGGUCAGUCACCUUUCUUCCUUGCGUAUGGCGCAGAAGCUAUGUGUCCUGCCGAACUUAACGUCCCAAGCAUUCGCCGAACUAUGCUUACCCAGCAACCCGAGGCAAAUGACAAUAUGAUGAUCGACGCACUUGACUUAGUCGAAGAACAUCGCGAACGAGCACUACUCCGGAUACAGAAUUACCAACAACUUGCAGCUCGUUACUACAAUAAAAAAGUUAAGGGCCGUCACUUCGAAGACGGCAACCUCUUAAAUUUCUAA